CAUCGCACUUUGUUGUGUACAUAUCUCAUCCUAUCUUCACAGAGACAUGUCAGGAAAAGUUUUCGUGGUAUUUGCACUGCUGGUUGCACUGCUUGUGUCUGGAGCAGCUUCCUCACCUGAAACCGGAGAAACUGAGGAGACAAAUGUUCUCAAGCAGCUUCUAGCCAAACAUGAGAUGGCGAAAGACUCGGCUGGAAGACAGAGGCAAGCACCCCGCACUCACUCUGCACGGGUGGAACGACGGGCGCACCUUUCACAUGAUGAACGCGAGAUAAUGACCAAACAAAUAAUGCAAGCAAUUUCAGAGCUGAUGAACUCCGAGUGCAUGACGGAUCGGGACUACCAGGGCUGGGUGGAUUUUGGCCGCCGGGACACAGAAUGAGGCACAUCACAACAGCUGGAGAGCUCACGCACUGCUUUUUUGUUCAGGUUUUAUAAAAAAGUGGACGUUUAC